UUUUUUUUUUUCUUCCUGUAUUUUCUCUUAUUUGUCUCACUCAUCGUCUCGUCUUCUCCAAGCUCCCACCUAUCUACUGGAAAACACAAUAAAAUAGAACAUCCAACCAAACAAACGAAUUUCUAUAAAAAUUUAGUUUCAUUGUUUGGCAAAGAGGAGAGAAGGCUGCAAAAAUUUUCGGUGAAGAGGAAGAGAAAGUGGGAGAGAAGAGAAAAUCAAGUGCGGUCCGUUGUAGGGUAUUUUUGUGGAUUUUUUUUGCUUUAUGUGAUGUGUCUUUAUCCUAUUGGGUGCUGGAAAACCCCAUUUUUAUGCACCGACUGCAUUAAGUUAAACUCCAAAAAAAAUUCUAAAUCUCACCUAGCCUAACUCACUUAUCCGCUGCUGCGCCUGCGGGCCCUGCGCCCAACCCUCCCUCUCGUCACUUCUCUCUCUGAUUCGCCCCAGUUCUCUGCCUUUUUUCCUCCCUUUCUCACGCUUCCGGCUUCCUCUCUCCCUUUCUCUUCUCCCUCUCUCUCUCUCAGUCCCUCUCAAAUGCUCUCUCUCUCUCUCUCUCUCUCUCUGUGACACACAUAAAGUAAGGCCUGCCCUUUCUCUCUCUACCUUAGUACUACUAUAUUGGGUUGCCUUUCUAAACUUAUUUUUAUGUUUGUUAUUUUAGAUGUAUAUUUUUAUUAUUUGUAUGAAUUGGGUAGGUGAAAAAUGGCGAGCUCAGUGGAGAGGGAGGGUGCAAGAGAGGAAGUUGUUUCCGUCGAACUCCCUGCACUUGCUGGCUGGAAGAAGAAGAAGGUGUUAGCAAGGUUCGAAGGCUUCCCUGUAAAGAACUACUCAAAGUUGGAUGCCAUAGCCACUGAACUGCAUAGUUUGAAGAUCGUAUCUCCCAUGGGGCAGCUCCUUGAUAAAGUUGAACGUUACUUCACUAAGAUCAAAGGAGAAGUGGACGCAAUGGAACGAACCAAAGAUGAAGAGUCCAAGAAAUUUCAGAGUCACAAUAUCGAUUUCGACUUCCAUAUCCUUAUAAGAAUCAAAGAAGCAAUGGUAGAUGUUUCCUCAAGCUGCAUGGAGUUGGCUCUACAGGAGAGGAGGGAAGCAAAGGCCUCAGGGAAGAAAGAACCAGGACCAAAAAGUGACUCACGAACAAAGGGAUGUGCCAAAUUGCUGUGGAAGGCUUUCCAAUUUGCAUUUCGGGUCUAUAGUUUUGCUGGUGGACAUGAUGAUCGAGCUGACAAGCUGACAAGAGAAUUGGCUCAUGAAAUAGAGAAUGAUCCUCACCACCAGUGACACAGCUUCUCUACUUUCACCCCUCAAAAACCACACAAUACUUUAUAUUUACAAUAUUAUGUUGUGAGAUAUUGUAAAUGCUAUGAUAUUUUGUUAUAAUACAUAAAAUAAUAAUAUGUAGUGCAGCAGCGGAAAAAGAUUUAGAAUUGCUUCUUGCUCGCGCUCAAACAGAUCAAAGAAUGAUGCGGAAAUUGACGGAGUCGAUCGUGUCCUACAUCACAAACAAUGAGAAUUCGCAUUCGGUAAGGAGUUUUAUGUCUAUGAGAAUUCAAAUUAUCAUAAACAAGAAAGAUGACGUUUUGUGAAAUAUGAAUUGUGGAAGAUAUUGUACGUGUGUUGUUGUAUGUACAGGAAGUCUAUGGACUAUGGGGAAAUGGAAAUUCUUGUGUAUGUAUACAGUGUUUAUCUUUUAGUUUUUGUAUGAGUCUUACGUUGAGUCUGUUUUGAAUAAAUUGGUGGAUAUUUAUAUAA